AUGGCCGAGACACCCGUCAUCCAAGUGCUGGACAAGGAGCACUACUUCACCCAGAAGCUCAUCCCCCUCCCGGAUGUGCUGCCCUACCCACAACUCGGGCCCUCUUCGCUACGACUUAGAACAAAGGCAUUCACUCUAUCGGCUAAUAACUUUGUCUACUGCAAGAUUGGGUUUGCGCUGGGAUGGUGGAGCUUCCACCCUCUCCCACCGAGCACACCAGCACCGUACAAUGACUCUGCCGUGUAUGGACGCACCAAUGCUUGGGGAUACAUGGAGGUGAUUGACUCCACCCUAUCCGCCGUGCCCAAAGGCAGCUUUCUAUUCGGCUACCUUCCCAUUGGCACAUUGGCCCAGGACGUUCAGUUUGAAGUCGGCUCGACGCCCGGCCAAGUGGUAGCCACGAGCCCUCACCGCCGGGAGCUGAUGACCAUCUACAAUCACUACACCGUCAGCGGACCUGAGACGGGAUCGGCCUUGGAAGCGAAGACGCCAGAGGCAGGGCUGGAUGUGGUCCUCCGAGUCAUGACGGAGACGGCCUUCCUCCUCAACAAGUUUGUCUUUGCGGGAAAUCCCCAGGAGACCGUGAAGCCUGCAGCCCAGCCCAUGAACUGGACCAGCGAAAGGGCCGACCUCACAGACGCGACGCUGAUUUUCCUGGCGCCAGGAUCCAAGGUGGCGCUGAUUCUCGCUCAGCUCAUCAAGAAUGAUCGAUCCAGUUCAAAGCCGAAGCGAGUAAUUGGUGCCGCGAGCGAUUAUUCCAAGGCCUUUGUGGAAACGACCGGGAAGUACGAUACCGUGGUGUCCACGAGCGAGUCGCCGGCGGAAUUCCUGCCAAAGCUGGGCGUCGACCCCGCUGACAAGGUGAUCCUCGUUGACUUUGGCGGCAGGGCAGGCCUGGGGCAGAAGUGGACGUCGGCCAUCGCCCCGGCUUACAAGAACUUCCUGCUGUUCUUGGUUGGCUCGGAACUUUCUGAGGUGUCACAGGCCAACACGCUGAAGGCCUUGGCCGUCCAGAAGCCCGACUUUGCGAUCCAGGUCAACGCCUCUGACAUGAGAGAGGAGGUAAUCAAGAAGGUGGGCGAGGCGGAGUACCUGGCUGGCCUGAGUAACGCAGUGAAAUCUGUUCAGUCGGCGGGGAUCAACGGCCUCAAGGUGACAUGGGGUGAGGGCAUGGAGGAUGCAGCCAAAGGCUGGGACCGUCUGGCCAAGGGCGAAGUUGGCGCCGAUGAAGGCUUGGCUUUUCUUGUGUAG